AUGUUGAUAUUUAUGCUGCGAUACUUCUUUGUUUAUUGGAUUCUGCUGGGUAGCAGCGCCAGCGAAGAGACACUUCUGCGUGAUUUAAAUUUGGAAGUGAAAGAUUUUCCAUUAGCUUCGUGCAAAUUGCGUUGCAUGCAUCAAAUACAAAGAACUCAAUAUGGCGGCGAAUUGGCGGAGAGACCUAAUAAUUGGGCCGAUCAAUAUUGCAGUGACUACUGCCGUCGUGAAAAUGUAACAACUUUGCUGAAUUCAGAAAAAUAUUAUCAAAUACAUAUCCCCUACAAGAUGAUAUUAGUCUGUCGAGACGAUAAAAGUUUAACAUUUCACAUUGCUCAUGUACGCAAUGAUGAAAGUUUAAGUGUUGAUAUCGAAGACGGUGAAGAAGAGUCAAGUAUCACAAAAACGUACGAAGCAAUAAAAGACAAAUAUAGAAGUAUCAAAUUAGAACGAGAAGAUGAAGAUCAAAAUGUAUUUACAGUGCCAGUAAACAUGCAAAAUGCAACAGAGCCACAGGUGGGAACCACAAUGACAAAUCCCAACGUUGACACCGGGCAAAUGAUUCAUCCGCCAGAAGCGAUUUAUAUGGUUAAAUUGCAGAAUGGUACAAAUGUUACUGUUUUUACGUCGAAUGAAAGCCCCUUCACAAUAACUGGACUACGAAAUGCCACCACCUACACGAUUUCUGCUGUGGCAGUGAAUGCUAAAUAUGAGUAUUCCAUAGUAACGAAUGGGCAAAAAUUUACAACUUUACAAUAUGGAUAUACACCCGGAGUGGUAAGCGGAAUUGGUUUAAAGCGUUUUUUGGCAGAUGAAACGAAUGAAAUGCGCUUAAUGGCGGAAAUCACCUGGAAACCACCUGAAGAUAAAACGUGCCACUACAAUAUACUCUAUUUUGACGAGAAUCAAGGAUCCGAUAUGACGCCCAUGGAAAUACGUAAUCCACGCCAGUUAUACACUUAUACUUUGGAGAAUUUGACUUUUUCAGCUGUCUACAAGGUUGGUAUACGCGCGAAGAAUACGAACAAUUCAAAUAAGGAGAGUGGAAUGCGGUGGCUCACUAUAACGGCGCCAUCCUGUGCGGAAUGGUACAACUACAAUUUCAACAUUUGCCCACCCUUUAUUCCUGAAGGAUUAAAAGUGAAUCGUAAAUAUUUAUGGGGAAAUACUUACGCAUUGAAUAUAUCCUGGCAGAAAUCCAAAUAUCAGCUAAGCGCCUAUAUAGCAAAGAUUGUGGAUCACAUAGAUGGUGGUCGUGAUUAUAGUUUUAAUAUAAAUAAGGAUGCGGAUGAGUUUUUCAUACCGGAAGUGGAACUGAAUGGUACUCUAUUCGAUGUGCAUUUGACCGCCUGCACGCCUGGUGGCAAUGCAACUGCAGUGUUACAGGAGGCCAAUAGCCGAACCGUGCUUCUGCCGGAAGAGGGUCAACCCAUUGUGAAGUUGAUUCUCGCCAUACUCGCGCCCAUCUUUUGUGCUGUCAUCCUGUCAUUGACGCUAUUCAUCAUUUGUCAUCGUCGAGCAAAGAUUAAAAGAUAUCGUCAGCGUUGUAAAUAUUUUGAGGAUCUUGAGAAGAAGGCCCCUAUCGAUCCAAAGGCGACUUUUGAUUUUCCAACAAAAAACUUACUGCAUUCACCAGAAGACUUAACACAAUUUCAAUUAGAUCUGGAAGACAAAAUAUUUUUCAACGAUGCCAUGGAAAUUGACCGCAAUGAUGUUACGUUGCAUGAAAUUCUCGGCGAGGGUGCUUUUGGUUUGGUACGACGCGGCACUUACAAUGACCGUAAAUCGGGAGUACGUGAAGUGGCUGUUAAAAUGCUGAAAGAUCGGCCAUCUACCGACGAUGUGCGCGCCUUUCGACGUGAAAUCGAAGUGAUGAAGUCGGUAGAGCGACAUCCGAAUAUUGUCGGCAUAAUUGGGCAUUGUACAAAACGUUACAAUGAAAUGAUUUUACUGACGGAAUAUUGCAGUUUUGGCAACUUGUUGGAUUUUCUGAGAGAUGAAUGGAAAUAUCUGUAUGACUUAAAUGUGAAAUUCAGUAGAGCCUCAGUUAAUCGGAUGUCCAGUCGAUUGGCAAGGCACAGUUUCAAGCAACAGCAAAAGCGGGGACGCCGUAGUACAUCACAAACGCAUCGCCGCAUAUGCAGUGAUAGCAAUAGUAACGGUUGUCAUGCUUCAUAUGACAUUGUCGGUAACUAUAAGUACAAAAGCAGCAAUUUUGGUGGUAGUGGUGUCUUUAACAUUGAUGAUAACAUUAUUGAGAAGCUUAAAUUCAAAUACAAAAACCUGAAUUCGCUACACCAAAGGUGCGUAACAGAAGCUAAAACAACAACAUUUUAUCCACCAUUUGGUGAUACAUCGGCGGCAACCACCAUGACAUCGAUCACCACAAUAAACGAUAGUACACCACCACCACCACCUACACCACUACAAUCGCCACAAUCUAUGGCCGCCGACAAUAAAUCCUAUGGUUACGAUGGCAUCUGUAGCAACGCAUACAAACUUGAUAGAGAUUUUGUGAUCGAUGUCAAGGGCAGCCAAAUGAUUAGCAGCGGCAGUGUUUGUGGUGACAGUGCAACACUGCAGAGUGAAACCGAAUGCACUCAGCUGCAGAAACAGAAACGUCACUGCAUGUAUUUGAAAAACUUCGACUACCACCCAACUUUGUUGAGUAGAGAUCAAACGAAGCAGUUACGGACGACAAUGGAAGCGAUCGAAAACAAAUCCUAUUUCAAAUUUUUGCCCGAAAUGGUGAGUGAAGUGGCAUUGCGGCAACGCCAAUGGCAACGGCGACAAACACGUACUGCUGCACGCAAACGUAUAUUGGCAUUGCAGGACACACAAACUGAAACCAGUACAACAACAACUACUACUACCGACAAUGGUGGCAAUGAUACGCUAAGUGCGGACCUACCGCGAGCACCGUUAAGUACAGCUGAUCUGUUAGAUAUAGCGCGGCAGGUCGCCGUUGGCAUGGAAUUUUUAGCGAAGAAUAAAGUAGUCCAUCGUGAUUUGGCUGCGCGAAAUGUGCUCGUCGCACCGGAUCGAACCAUUAAAAUUGCCGAUUUUGGGCUGAGCCGCGACAUAUAUCAAGAGAAUGUUUAUAAGAAGACCGGAAAUGGGAAGUUGCCCAUCAAAUGGUUAGCCUUGGAAUCGAUGACUCAUCAGGUUUACACAACGCAGAGUGACGUUUGGUCAUACGGCAUUCUACUCUACGAAAUUGUAACACUCGGUAGCACACCUUAUCCUUCGAUACCGACGAGUCGGUUGUUGCAUCUAUUGAAAAGCGGCUACCGUAUGGAGAAGCCAAAAAAUUGCGGACCUGAAUUCUAUAACCUCAUGUAUGGCUGCUGGAAUGCGAAUCCUGGCGACCGUCCUACGUUUAGUGAAGUUAUUAAAAUUCUUGACGAUUUUUUAACCGAUGAACCGGAACGCCAAAUUAAAAACAUACUCUGUGUACCGAAUUUGGAUUGCGUGGGACGGGGUCAACAAAAAGAACAUUUGCUUCAACAGGAAGGCCAUCUAAGUCAACUCUUUGAAAAGCGACCACAAUCACCACUCGAUGACGAUAAUGAAAUAAUGGAUACAUCAAAUAUGGAUGACUGCUAUCUGAAACCAUUGUAGGCGAACGAAAUCGUGCAAAAUAUCAUAUCAAUAUAUGUAAAUAAAAAAAAAAAAUUAAGAAACUGUAAUUGAGCACGAACUAUGCAUGCAUAGAGCACUGAAACAAAGCAUAAAUAAGGAAUUGAAAUCCACAGCGGUCAAUAACAAAAGAAUCAAAGAUUUAUUGCCAAUAAAUAAUACAAUAGUAAUAGCGUUUUUACUUGGAAGCUUUCCGAAUGGCACUUAGAAAAGCUUUUGUUCAGAAAUAUUAAAUGCGAAAAUGACAAUUGUGUAACAAAGCGUGUUUAACUCCCUAAGUGGUCAAUGAAAACUACAUAUAUAUAGGCGAUAAUACUGGUCCGUUAAGAAAGUAGCAGAUUGCAAACAAAGCUGUAUGUGCACGAACAAUAACUCGAGGUUCAGCGUGUCGUAUACUUAACAGGGACAAAAACCGAAAGCAGUUUAUUUGUAACAGAAAUAAAAGGAACAACAGACAUUUCAAAAGUUUAACAACAGAGAAUAAUAACAGGCUUUAAGGGAGGAGCCUAGUUUAUAAGGUCAAAAAAAUUAUUUUU